ACAGGCUGCGCCGGCCCGUCAGGCGCCAGCCGGGCAGCCUGGUCCCGCUGCUGGUGGGCGGCGGGGCUUGAGCGGGUCCGCCGCGGUGCAGUGACGUCUGAAGGAAGCGGCCGCUGGCUCCGAAGAUGCCCCCGAAGGGGAAAGGCAGCAGCAAGGCGGGAAAGGGAGGUGCCUGUGGCGGCGGCGGCGGUGCGGAGCAGAAGGCGCAGGGCCCGAAGGGCGGCGGCAGCGCCGUGAAGGUCAGGCACAUCCUGUGUGAAAAGCACAGCAAAAUUAUGGAUGCCAUGGAGAAGCUGAAGUCUGGAGUGCGUUUCAGUGAUGUAGCUUCACAAUUCAGUGAAGAUAAAGCAAGACAGGGGGGAGACUUGGGUUGGAUGACAAGAGGCUCCAUGGUGGGGCCUUUCCAGGAAGCAGCAUUUGCCUUGCCAGUCAGCAGUAUGGACAAACCUAUGUACACAGACCCUCCUGUCAAAACAAAAUUUGGAUACCACAUCAUCAUGGUUGAAGGGAGAAAAUAAAUCACACAGAGCACUAAACAGUUUUGAAGCCUACUGGUUUAGACACUGAACAGGAACUUUCCAGGUGAAUUAGUCUUGCCCAGCCUUGGGGAUAGGCAACAUAUAUCUUUACACAUGGUGGGAGAGGCUGUCUAAACUACUUUUUUACAGUUUCACCUCAAAUGAUAGGUCAUAGUGUUAGCAGGGAUAGGAGCCAACAGCACAUCCUAGAUAAAGGUCAGGUGAAGGUCCUUAGGUAAUUGUUGAACUCUGCUUAGUCAUGUGAUAGAUGUGAGAUUCUUGCCCUGUGGGAGGGCAGGAAUGGAUCACAGGUCCAUUUGGGUGCAGAGGACCGAAGUUCCAAUUUCCUGCAAGUUACUGGGCUCCCAAAGUGCAACGCAAUCAGUCAGUCUAGAACAAAAUUAUUUUAGAAGAAUAGUAAAUAACAGAAAAUAGUGCUGGAAUGGAAGGGACCUCAGGACUUCACAUAGUCUAAACCUCUGCCCAGGGCAGACUUAUUCCUGUCUAAACCAUCCCAGCUAAGCUAAUUAAACAGAGAUAGAGAAAAAAAAACAGUUGCAUUGACUUUGAAACAAAGGGACGUUCAUCUGCAUUGAAUUGCACAUGGGAUAUUCAUUAUGAGAUAUUUCUUCUGAGGGGAGAUGUUAAAUGGCAGAACAUGUCAAUAACAGCUCCUUGCAUAUGGAGGAAGUUAAAAAGGAGCCUUUCUGCAGCUCCUACUCUAUUUUCCAUAAGAUAACAGAAGGUUACAUAGUGAGUUAAGAGGUAAAAGUGCUGGUUUCUAAGGAGCCUAUGCCAUUGCUGAAGCUGUUGCAGCUUCUCUUGCCAGUUGGGAAUGGCUGCCAGCAAGAAAACCAGCUAGGUUUUCUUGGAAAAUGGCCUAGUAAGGGAGUUGGGUAAAACUGGUGAGGCUAAAAGCAUUGGUCCCUAUACCCAUAACAUAGAGAUGUUCUAAUUGGCUCACUAAUGACUUGUGCUAGAAGGAGUUGUAAUGCCUCAAGUAUAAGAGUUUGUAGGUUUAUCUUAGAUUGCUGUUUCCAGUCAUCCUCAGUCAAAGGUUAUUAUGAUGCCCUUCAUUUAACUCGGUGGCAACUAGUCAGUUAGGCAAUACCUUUGGAAACCACAUCUAAUCAUUUCAAAACAUCAAUAAAAGCUAGGUACCAGAGGGCAGAGUCUUAUUAAUUCUGAGGGAAGGCCUUAGCACUCAGAGGAAUGGGAUAUGUGUGGGGCCCUUUGUAGCUGCCUACACAGAACAGGCAACAGUUAUUGAGAGCUGCAAUUUGUUGUAGGGCAAGCUUUACACUCAGCUGGGCUCUCUGCUCUAACAAUGACUAGCUCCUUCCCCCAUUACAGUCAAUCCUCCCCCCUGUACUCAAGCUUGCCUCAAAGCUUCCAUUUUAACUUAAAAUUGGAUGUAACAGAUGAUCUUGGCCUCCCUGAGUAAUGCAGUCCUUUCAUACCACACAAACCUUUCCACCCAAACCUCCCUCACCCUAAUUGGAAUGGUUUAAGUGGGGGAACUGAUUUUUUUGCUAAGAAGAGAAGCACACCAUUUUGAUUCCUGCAUGCAGCAGAAGUGGCAUUUCUAUUCAGGCAGCUGAGGAGUCAGAUAAUUUAAUGGCUCCCUCUUAGCAACUGUGAUGUGAACAACAAUCACCUCUCCCUUUUUAAUGGUCUUGAUGUUCCACUAAUAAAGCUAACCUUCCAUCAGGCAAUUUUAUUGUCUUGUAGCUACUCCCAUUUCAUAGUCUUACAGUCUGUUUUUUAUGCUCUUUUCAAAAUUGUAGAUCCACUCAUUGAGGCCAGUUUUCAGCAGUAGCUAGCAUUAUCAGCUUUUGGUUAAGCAGGAACAGGAGGUUGAUUAAGCUGAAAGUUAGGUUCCGUCCUUGCUCUAUGCAGCCAUAACUUUGGAAAAAUAGUUUUGGGAAAGGCAGACCAAAAAGAAAACAAGAUGUGUGUGUGAUACGCGAGAGAAGAUGGUAGCAGCAGCUUUUUUAUGCACUUUCUGUCUUUGACUUUAAACUAGCAUUUAUUUCUGUAUGCCUUCCCUUGCUCAGCUUAAGUUUUAGAUACCGUAUUGGUCAGAAGAGACGAGCUCAAGCAAGACAAGCAGAAGAGAGUUUAGUUAACUGGCUUUUUUUUCAAAUAAAGAGAACUUGGGUAUCUUAACAUGAA